AUGUCUGAAGAUCUAUUGCAAAUUGAAUUAAAUCAACUAGAUAUACGACCUGAUAUAGAUUCAGAUACUAAUUCAGACAGUAUCAAAGAUACAUCAAAAGCAAAAGCGAGAAAAAUCCAAACUGAUGAACAAUAUCAACAUCAAUUAAGUUUAUGGAAUGAAACUGGCCCAACAAUAAAUACAGAAACUUGGCUAUAUGAGAACCUAGAUAAGCUAACACCGGGGAAGAAGAUAGACAAACAAAAGAUACUACAUGCUUGUGAAAAAGCCUAUUACGAAAGAGAUUAUAACAAAUGUUGUGAAUUGAUAACUAAAGGUGAAGAUAUUUUCGAAGUUGAUUUAGAAUCAAUUACAGAAGAGAUGAUUAAUAAUAACAGUAGUGCUUCAAAGAAGAAAAGAUUAGAUAAUGAUAUAAUUGAAUUAUAUAAAUUAAAAAAUAAAUGUAAAGAACUAUUGUGA